AAUAAUAGAAAUAAAAAGAGAUAUAGAAGAUGCAUAAAAUACAAUUAAAUGUCUUGAUUAAGAAAUAAGUCAAUUACCUUAAAAUUAAAGGACCUAAUUUAAAAGAACUAUUUAAAAUAUGAAAUAUUAAAUUGAAGGUUUUACUAAAGAAUGUAAAGAAUAAGAAAAAAAUUACAAUAUAAUAAAGAUUAUAUAGAAUUAAUGGGAAAUACAUAAAUAAAUAAUUAAAAAAAUGAAAUUUAUUAAAAGCUAAAUAAUCAAAAUUAAAAAUUAAUUGAAGCAAAAAAAAACAUGUAUGAUUUGGAAGGUCAAUCUGAAAAUAUUUAAGCUGAAUUAAAAAGAUAAAAUGAUAAAUUAGAUAAAUUAAAUAAAGAUACAUUAGAAAUCGAUAGCGAUUUAGGGGCUGCCCAUUAACUUGUAAAUAGAAUACAUUCUAAUAUUAUCAAAAACAAAAGAAUUUUAUAUAUUAUUAUAGGAAUAUUAUUUUUGGCAACAUUAUAUAUUGUAUACAGUUGGUUCUGAUAUAUUUAAUAUA